AUGUGUAACUUUUCAGGGCAAGAAAAGACUUCGUAUAUUACGACGACUUUUUCGUCAACCGACGAUCUCAUUGGGGAAUAUCAGAAGAGUGUCAGGUGGUGCGCAGGUGUCGAGUCCGAUAUCAAUAAGUGUCUGAAGGAUGGAAGAGUCGCUCAUUAUUGA